AUGUUAAGGAAGGUGAAUCAUGGUACAAAAACUAGUGUGGUAUUAGAUGACCAAAAAAGGUUCAAGUACCUAUCUGUUGCUUUGGGAGCUUGCAUUGAAGGGUUUCAAGCCAUGAGAAAAGUGAUUAUUGUGGAUGCUACUUUCUUAAAGACCAAAUAUGGUGGUGCUCUAGUUUUUGCCACAGCUCAAGAUCCGGCUCAUUACCAUUAUCCGAUAGCCUUUGCUGUAAUCGAUGGUGAAAAAGAGGAUAGUUGGACGUGGUUUUUCAACACCUUGAAAACCAUCAUACCCGAUAGUGAAGAGUUGGUAUUUAUUUCAGAUAGAAAUGUAAACCUGCUCAAGGCAGUGAGUGUGGUGUACCCGAGCUGUGAACAUGGCCAUUGUAUCUACCAUUUGUCGCAGAAUGUGAAAAAAAAAGUUGCAACCUGGCAGAGAGAUGAAGUUGCUGCAAAGUUCAGAGAAAUUGCUGUUAUUUAUACAGUAGCUGAGUUUGAAGUACAAUAUCAAAAUUUCAGGAUGAGGUACCCUAAGGCAGCCGCAUACCUUGAUGAGUUUGUCGAAGUGAAAAAAUGGGCAAAGUGUUAUUUUCCUAGAUUAAAGUACAACAUUGACACCAGCAAUGCCGUGGAGUCUAUGAAUGAUAAUGGUUUAACAAACAUAGGAAAGAAGCUGCUACUAGUUCCUUUUGUAGAGAACUUAAUACAUAAAAGAUGUGAGGUUGCGUGCAAGCUACCAGUGACUGAGCUAAACACCUUCCAGCUAGAGUACAAUGUUAUUGGUCGCGAUGGGAAGACUUAUGUGGUAGACUUGAGAAAUAAGGGUUGCAGUUGCCGCUAUUUUGACUUAGAUAAGUACCCUUGUGUCCAUGCAAUACCCGCUGCCAUGAAUUUAUUGAAACAAGAUGGUAGAACAACGGAGGAUGAUUUAUCCAGUGCCGCAUAA